GUGACAUUAUAAUUUGCUACGGUAAGCUGUGCAUUUGUCGUUACCACAUGGUCAUACCUAUUAUUAUUUUCAUUUCCUCGAGGGCACUUGUAGUACAGUAAUGUGUUUUCUGUUAUCGUACCUAUUAGUGACUACGAUCACUCUAACGUUUCUGAGUCAACCGAGUCAGGAAAAAGAUUGGUUCCAAAUCCCUGCUAAGUUCUGUGAUCAACUGAAACUGAGGAACUUAUUUUAUCUCAAUAUUUGCUCUGGAAGGGAUGAAAACAAAACGACGCAUUUAGAUUCUAAAAUUAACAGUGAGGUGACUCAAUCUUCCAAAAAUGAAAGCCUGGUUACUCCGGAAAACUUUGAAAUGAAUUCAAGAAUCAGCCAAGAUAUCUCUGCUACAAAGACCCGUAAUUUGGAACGUGUAAAUAGUCCUCUGAGUGAAUUUUAUCGCUCGCUGGAACAUUUUGAGCGCAGGAUCUAUUGGACAACUUUUUCUAAAAUAGCGGCAGUAGGAGAUGUAGAGCGGCGUGAGAAUGGAAUGAGCUUUGUCCAGUCCAGCUUGUUCCUGUUCAUGGCACUCCUGGCUGUUUCCAUGAAAAUGGACGAAGAAGCUAGAAACGAAAUACAGAAGACAAUAGGAUAUCGUUUGGAUGAGACGGAUGCCCCAGCUAUACUUCAAGAAGUUACGUCACGGCUACCCACCUCAAGUGCUUCGUUUAAAUUUCUCUGGGCGAUACGUCUAGUUUUAAAAGAUGGAAUGAAGGUUGAAAAUAUGAAGCAAGCGGCUAAAGCAAUGAAACUAAAUAUCGAUACCGUAGCCAAUAACGACAUAGAACUAACCAGCGUUCUUAAUAAUAUGGUUAGCAAUGACUCCGCAGGUGCUAUGAAGAAUACUUUUGAGGAGGAAGAACUAGUGAAUGGCAUUUGUGCAGUGCUGCUGACGACGUUAUACGUCCGGCCCCGAUGGAGAGCUUCUCCCGUCGUUUUAAACGGAACUACAGAAUUCCACGACUCUGAUAAUCCUAAGAAAUUGACGCGCAUGAUAAGCAUUAACGAUGAAAUGCUCUACGCUAAUCUAGAGGACUUGGAUGCCGAGGCUGUACAGAUUCAGUACGAGCCUCCGGAACUAGCUCUCCUGGUAUUGGUGCCACGUGGCAACUCAUUGCGACGCCUAGCAAGUCGCAUGACCAGCACCAGCCCGACUGAGAUAUACAAAAGAAUGAAGCAGACGCGCGUGGCUGUAACACUUCCUCUCUAUACGCUCAGAAUGACUCUUCUGCUGCAAAACAAAUUAGAGCAGAUGGGAAUAACGAAACUGUUUAUUCCGAAUACCUCGAAUGCAUCAAGUUGUGAACAGUUAUUGAUCUCCCAUGCUGUCCAACGGAUCAUGUUCUGGUCUGAAGCAGGUCGACACGCUUUCAAGGACGAUGGUAUUCAGUGGGACCCGACUCCUGAAAAAGAAGUGAUCGUAAACCGCCCCUAUUUGUUUUAUGUACGAUGGAAAAAUAUCACAAUUUUAAACGGUAAUUUUGUGCUAUAAUACCUUUGUAGUUAGUUUAGUCAAAUAAUAUAGAUAUAGCCAUGAAAGUACAAAAUAAAAGCCAUUUAAAACAUUGCUUUUUAUUGAA